AUGAAAGUGAACACUUCAUACAACCUCGUUAUUAAAGUGAACCUUUUAUACGACCUCGUUAUUAAAGUGAACCCUUUAUACGACCUCGUUAAUAAAGUGAACCCUUUAUACGACCUCGUUAUUAAAGUGAACCCUUUAAACGACCUCGUUAUUAAAGUGAACCCUUUAUACGAUCUCGUUAUUAUAGUGAACCCUUUAUACGACCUCGUUAUUAAAGUGAACCCUUUAUACGACCUCGUUAUUAAAGUGAACCCUUUAUACGACCUCGUUAUUAAAGUGAACCCUUUAUACGACCUCGUUAUUAAAGUGAACCCUUUAAACGAUGUAGCAUUAGCACCAUUAGAAGCUUUCCGAUGUGACGGGACCAUUAACGAGAAUAGUUCAAAAGAAAUUAGAUCAUGCACAAUAACUGCCCUCCCCAAAGAUGCGUCUCAAUGUCAUCGAUUAAUAAUUUUACCUUCUAUUCUUCUGUCAACAGCCUUUCUGACGCGUGAAUGA